AUGUACAGUGGGUCGAUUUUAUUUAACAUAACUCCAUUUUACAAUAAUAUUCAGUCAGGGGUGUUUAAAGUAAAACAUGGAUUAGAUAAUGAUACACAAUCGACUAUACGGUACGAAUAUUCUGUAUACCACUACAUUCCUUUAGAAGUUAACAACAUUGGGUAUGGAUUUGUUGCUCUUUUUAACUACUAUAUGACACUGGAUGGUGCUUCGACAUUUUGUACAUAUGAUGUUCUCAUGUGCCUCAUAAUAUUUCACGUUUGGGGACAUCUGAAAAUUUUAAAAUACCAUCUAGAAAAUAUCCCAAAACCAUCGAUAGAAAAAUAUGUAGAAGGAAAUUACUCUAUUAAAGUGGCAAUGUAUACUAAAGAGGAGUUAAAAACAAUUUUUGUGAUACUAAAAGAAAAUAUUGAACAUCACAAGCUGAUUAUGGAGUUUAUUAAUUUGGCAUCAGACGCUUUUGGUAUGAUGAUGUGCUUCUACUACAUGUUUCAUCAAAUUGUCGGGUGCAUAUUACUUUUGGAAAUAUCUGCUUUGGAUACUAAAGCCAUUGGUAGUUACGGUGUUCUUACAGUUGUUAUGUUUCAACAGUUAAUACAAAUAUCUAUUAUAUUCGAACUUAUAGGACAUAAGAGCGCUUUGCAGAAAGAAGAAAUAGAUAACGAGUUUUAU